GCGGGUCCGACGGCUUCUUGUAACGUCAUGCGCAGGCGACAACUUCGCCGCUCACGCGUGUCUGUCGUUUCACCACGCAUGCGCGCAGAAAGAAGUUGCGUUGCGCUCUGGAUGUGUCCUGGACGGCUGGGCUGGGCGCUCCUCCCCAUUCCUUUCUCUCGCUCGCUCACUGGCCUGGGGAGUCCCGGGCCGCACGCGGAGCAGGCCGGGGGGAGUUAAAAAGAAGAGACUAACAUGGUUGAAAACUCUCCAGCCCCAUUGCCUGAAAGAGCAAUAUAUGGGUUUGUUCUUUUCUUAGGCUCCCAGUUUGGCUUUAUGUUAUACCUUGUAUGGGCGUAUGUUCCUGAAUCUUGGUUAUUCUCACUAGGACUAACAUACUGGCCUCAAAAGUACUGGGCAGUUGCUUUGCCUGUAUACCUUCUAGUUACUUUAGGAAUUGGCUAUAUAUUACUCUUUGGUAUUAACAUGAUGAGUACUGCUCCACUCAACUCCAUGCACACCAUUACAGAUAACUUUGCAAAAAAUCAGCAGCAGAAGAAAUCUCAAGAAGAAGCAAUCCCUGCAUUGAGGGAUAUUCCCAUUAGUGAAGUAAACCAAAUGUUUUUCCUUGCUGACAAAGGCAUUUGUAACAGAAAUUAAUUGGAACCAGACCCUGUUAGAAUAAGACACUACAGUACUACAAUAAUUUUUAGA